GAGACCAUAACAAGCACUUUAAUAAUACAAUAUAUUGUCUUAAAGAACUUGAAACACAUAGUAUUUACGAAAUGAUAACAAGAAAUGUUAAAGAAUCAGAUGCAACGUUAAUUCUAUUUCAUGAAAUAGAAGAAUAUAAAUUAGAAGUUACAGUUGAAAUUGUCAAGGAAUUUGGGAAACAAUUAAAGAUAAUAUGCCUUGAUGAAAGUUAUAAUAUCGAGCAAAUUUUAAAUUGGAUCAGUGAUUAUAAUAUCAGAUAUUUAUACAUAACAGGCUCUGAGGAAAUUUUACCUGGCGUUUAUCAAGAAGCAUAUGAAUUCAUAUAUAAAUUAUUGAAAAUGAUUAUGGAUAUUCAACUAAUAAGUUAUGAACAUGUACCAUCAUUAAUUAGGCUGGAUAGUGACGAUGUCUUCAGCAACAUUAAAUAUUCUGAACCUGUAGCUACUAUCAGUGAUAAAGAUUGUAUGAAAAUCGAAGAUAAGCCUUUAAUUCUGAAUGACUUUAUAUCAGUGCAUUCUACUAUUUUUCAAAGACCAUUAGCAACUGAAUACGCUGAAGCUGAGCAAUUGUAUUCACUACUUAAAGAAUAUAAAGAUAAAAUUGAUAAUAUACUGAACUCACAACAUGUGUAUGCAAUAGGUCCCGCCUUUCAGGAAGACUAUUCUAUGCCAUGUAUUACUUGUUGGGUUGCUAAGUCUCUAAAUAAAUCUGCUAUGGAAAAAAUUUCAGCCAUGUUUGAUGAUAAGUUUAGAGUUGUAUACCAUCUGGUGAAUGCCGAAAACAUUACUGAUAGCUGCAAUAAUCAGGAUAAAAUUACGUGUGAGACAUUAAGAAAGGAUAGCAAUGAGCUUGAUAAUAACAUUCCGAGAUGA